AUGGGCUCCAUACGACGACCGUUCACCUGCUCACGUACCUGUACCCCACACGCUUCGCUUUUGGCUUCCCGCGAAGUCAGGCGUGCGAUCAGCAGCACGGCGGGGGCGCGCUACCAGCACGUGCUGUACCUCGGCGAUGUGCUGGGCUACAACUCGGUGGACCGGCUGUCCAAGUUCCCACGCGCGUGGCUGGACGCUGUCGGCGUAUCGGCGGAUGUUGGCCACGGCUUGAGAUGGGAGCGUGUGGCGGGAGGGGUGCAGCACGCGCUGCUAGCGUAUACGCUGCUCGACCAGCCACUUGCCCCUGCUUCACCGCGAAGGGAAGCGGAAGAGCUCGUUGCUCCAGGCACCGCUGUCGUUGAACCCCGGGAGGAAGGGGCGGAGGAGCAGGUGUUGGAGGAGGCGGGUGGUAGGCGAGCGAGCAGUAGUCAGCCGAGCAAGGUGUUCGCGGUGGGGCGCAACACGCAUGCGCAGCUCGGGCUAGGCUUCUCGAGCCAAGAAGCCACGCGUGGUAUGGUCACAGGUCAGCUAACAGGCGAACGAGGUGUACAGUCUGUCGUUGCCGCUGGAACGUUCAGUCUGGUCGUCACCGAGGACAGCGCGGGGCAGUCGAACGUGUGGGGGUUCGGGAACGACACGCUGGGCCAAAUCGGUUCCUCUUCUGCAGCAGCUUCAGCAGCAUCGCCGGCAAGUGGAACAGAUCCGUACGACGUUUCAACACGGCUUUCCGAGUCGGACGCGCCCCAGCUGCGACUGCUGCCCCUCCCGAAACGCAUACCGCUCGACGGGGAGGGCUGGACCGUCAAAAGCAGCGCAGCGGGCGUCGACCACUCGCUCCUCCUCCUCGAACGCGAGCUCAACGGAUACACGAUCCAACAAGUCGUCUCCACAGGCCUCAACACGGACGGCCAACUCGGCAUCACACCCGAUUCGCACAAGGACGCAGUGCCCAUCCCGCCGCUGCUCUCACGAAGCUUGCAGCCGGUUCCGAUUCCGCUCGCGCCGUUCCCGUCCUGCUCGGCUGCGGCGGGCGGCGACCAAGGUGCGAGGGUCAUGCAGGUGGUGUGUGGCGCGGAUACGUCGUACGCUGUAACGCAGGCGGGUGAUCUGUGGGUGUGGGGAAACAGCGAGUAUGGGCAGACGCUGGCGGGGGUGCAGGAUCGCAUCGUUGCGCCCGUGCGCGUGCCGAACCCGUUACCCGCUGCCUACGCCGCGCAUGGCAUCGCUGCCGCAUGCCAGGGUCCUGUGCCGAGGGUGCGCAAGCUCGUCGCAGGCGGAUCGUUCGCUGCGCUCCUCGACACAUGUGGCCGCGUCUGGACCGUAGGCCACGCCCCGCGUCCCACCACCACCACCACCACCACUAACGCCGACACCCCCGCAGAUGAGACCCUGACGCUGGUCCAAGGUCUCCCCGGUAAAGCCACCCAGCUGUUCUGCGGCCUCGAGUACCUCCUCGCCACCACCGACACCGCGGACCAGACCGACGAGGUGUACCUAUGGGGCAUCCCACCCCGCUCCCUCUCGUCCCAGCCGAUACUCGAACCAACACGCAUCCCAUACAGCAUCCCCAAAACCCCGCGCCAGACAUGGCUCGACCAAAACCCACGCGUGAAACAAGAGCAACAGCCGCAAAGGCGCUACGGAAAACUCAGGGUAGAGGCCGCGGCGUGUACUAGGGAUCACAUCCUGCUGCUGGUCAAUGAUGGAGUCGGCAAGGACUAUUGGGCCGAAUGCGAUCAGCCGCCGCGGGACAAGGGCACGGACGUCUCGUUCUAA